CAAUCUUAGCCCCGAGUUUCCAUUAGUACAUUCGGCAUUCAGUGCGCGGGCUUUAGUUGUUAAUCAAGUCUUGUUGUGAUCGUGUUCGGCGAGCGCGCUCCGUUGUCUAGUGCAAGCUAUUUGCUACAAUUUAAACAGCUAUUGGUUGGUCGCUGUGGUUUGUCUAUUAUUAAAUCGAUUGCGAAAUUUCGGCAAUCGAACUCGGCAUACGAGUACAAAGUAUAUAUUCAAUACAUUUUUGACCAGCGGUGACUGGCUUAUGCGGGCUUCCAAAAAAUAAGUAGCGCCGUUUGGUAGAUUUUUAAACAGAAAUUCACUCGUGUAGAAUACUAAAUAUAAGUGAUCUGUGUACUCAAUGAAUUUUGCUAAUAUGUAAUGACGAAGUGCAUACAACCAAAUGAAAUAAGAAAAUUAUACGUUUUAAGAGGUCUUAAGAACAUAUGGUUUAGAAUAAAAAAAUACUAUAUUCAAAUAGUUGUGGUUAAUAUAUCGAUUUUUGUGGAAAUGUUACGAAGUAGUUGAAGUUUAUUUACGAAAUUUCAAAGUACAUCGAACGCGAUUGCGUGAUCUCUAUAAUCAUGAAAAAGCUUUACGCCAAAGCAUCAUUUAAAAGUAAAAAACCGAGCAACAAAAAUUCCAACGAAGACUGCGUCGAUGGUGAUAUAUAUAUCAAUAAGCCGCAGCAUGGCCCAAUAAUACUCGCAUAUCAAAGUGGUCCCGCACAACAACAGGUCCAACAAAAUCCAGCUGAUAUUGAUAUGAAUACAGCAACAAUGCGCAGAAAACACAGAAAGUCUACUUCCGAAGUAGCUCAGUCGGCAGCCAAUGCCACAGCUGCCAGUAAUGAAGAUGAAUCAUUUUUCCCGCCACCACCCUCGCGCACGCCCUCCUCAGCAUCCACACUGUCCGCGAACAAUCCCGCUAUCGCUCGUCUCUAUCAGCCAGACGAUUCCCAUUACUACUACUCGAUACAGGAGCUGCAACAGCUUAAUAUGCUCGAUCAUCGACACCCGCACUUCCACCGCCAUCAGCAGCACCAAUUGCUACACCAAUCUAAUUCAGCGACAGCCUCUGCAACUGCCGCGCCCGCGGCCUCAGCAACAACAACAUUCUAUGAGCAUCACAAACUAGUAUUGCAAUUGCCUAUGGCCGCAACAACACCAACAGCAACCUCACCCAUUUAUGAGGCACCGCAAAUUGUCAACAAUGCAAAUGAGGGCGGCGGCGGUGCGCGUUCGCUAGACUACAACUACAAUGCCCGUCAUCCGCCACUGCGUUCAUACUUAGCAGCUGGUGGCAUUGCUGAACACGAUUUGGAUAAAGAUAACGACUUUAUGAUGAGCAGCGAUGGCAGAAUUGCUGGCUUUGGUUCAUUGCCCAUAGUGGAUGCUGGGAUCAAUGCUAGACGGUUGGGUUCGUCAUCGCCCUUGUCCACGUCGGAGCGCUCUACCACGCUGUCAUUCAACAAUUCACGCAAGUUGCAACACACGCACUCAAUGCCGUCUAUUUGUGUGAAGAGCGACAGGUCAGAGGGGGGUGAGGACAUCGUUGAUAACGAUUAUGACGGUUAUGAGAUGGGCGCACUGCAACAAAUGCAUGAAUAUAGACAACAACAACAGCAAAUGCAGCAACAACAAGCUCAACAUCAACAGCAUUUUCAUUCGCAGACAACGCGUCAUAAUUCGGUCAAAGCGAAUUUAAUUAGUAAUUGGCCAACAACAGCCAACGCUGGAUAUAUUGAGCAAAGUAUUAUUGGCGCCCGCGCCUCUGUCAUGGUUUACGAUGACAACAUGAAGCGCUGGUUGCCAUCGGGCACCUCAGCCGGCCUCAGCAAAGUGCAGAUCUACCAUCAUCAACAGAAUAAUACAUUCCGCAUUGUUGGACGCAAACUGCAGGAUCACGAGGUCGUUAUCAAUUGUUCCAUACUGAAGGGUCUCAAAUAUAAUCAAGCCACACCAACAUUUCAUCAAUGGCGCGAUUCGAAGUUCGUUUACGGCUUGAACUUUUCCUCUCAAAAUGAUGCGGAGGCCUUUGCUCGGGCAAUGGUUCACGCGUUGGAUGUGCUCAGUGGUCGUUUGGCCAACAACCCGGUUAUGGGAGGUGCAAUGGGUAUGGGUGGUUUACCCACAAACGGCAAUGGUUAUGAGGAGGAUAUGGGCUAUCGUACGAUGACAAGUGAAGAUGCGGCGAUUUUGCGACAGCAACAACAAAUUACUGGACAAAUCACACCUUCCGCACAAACUCCAACUUCACAGGCCAAUCAAAACAAUAUACCACAAAGCCCACCAACUCCGCAGGGACAUCAUCGCACCAGCAGAAAUUCCCUUAGCGCUCCAGCGGCUCCGCAACCACAGCAGAUGACAAUACCGCAGCAGCAGCCACAGCCGCCCUAUGGUCAGGCAGGGCAGCCCAACGGUUUACAGCAACAGACGCAUAUUCCACCCGUUCCGGGACAGCCGCAGUACCACGCACCUCAGCAGAUGCAACAGGCUCCACAGGCCGCGCACGUUUAUUCCGCACAACAGCUGGUCAACGCCGGCUAUCCGCCACAAUCACAGUACCAGCCCAGCCACUUUAUGUUAUCUAAUUCUAAUCCGAAUCUUAAUCUGCAUCAAUAUUCACAACAGCAACAGCCGCCGCCACAAUGCAUACCAGGGGCGCCUCAGCCACCAAUGCCGCCACCACAUCAGAAUGGUAUCGGUGGCGGCGGCGGUGGCGGCGGUCCAAUUUAUGUUUCUUCAUCGCAAUCGCAGCCAGCGCUGCCCACAUCCGUUAGCUCGAGUAGUGGUGUAUAUGGUGGACCACCAAUCCAAAUGCAGCAGCAACAACAACAAGCUCCAAGUGGUGUACUGCAGAAUGGUAGUGGCGGUGGUGGCUUAGGUGUUGCUGCUGCUGCUGGUGCUGCUGCAGCCCCGCCACCGCCACCACCACCUCCAUUCGGAGGCAUAGGUGCUCCAGUUCCGCCUAUGAUGGGUGGUAGUAGUGUACCUCCAGCACCGAUGCCGCCACCGGCAAAUGUUAAUCGUAGCGCACCACAAGCACCAGCUGCACCACCACCACCGCCGGCAGCAGCUGCGGCACCACCACCACCACCUCCGCCCCCCGCGGGAGGCGCUACAUCAUCGAAAAAGGACGACCCUCAAGCCGAUCUUAUGGGAUCAUUGGCGGCUCAGUUGCAACAAGCCAAGCUGAAGAAGAAUAAGCCAUCGGCGGCACCCACAGAAAAUAGCGGCAGCAGCACCUCAAGCGGCGGCAGCGGUAACUAUGGCACAAUCGGUCGGAGCUCAACCGGUAUGGCUUCCAUGAUGGAUGAAAUGGCUAAAACAUUGGCACGACGACGUGCACAGGCCGAAAAGAAAGAGCCCGAAGUCGAACCGGAAGUAAAACAGCGUCCCUGGGAAAAGUCAAAUACUUUGCCACACAAACUGGGUUCGUCAUCAUCGAAUACGAAUUGCAAUGCCUCUUCCAACAAUACAUCGAACAGUGGUAGUGAGUCACCACGACCGAUGCGCAAGCGAUUUGGUAGCGCUAGCGAGGAGACGAUACUUAAGCAGGUUAAUGGCGAUGGUCUAUCAUUGGCUUUAUCAAGCACUGAGUUGGACACUUUAAAGGCUGAUAUACUGAAAGAGAUUCGCUCUGAAAUACAAAAGGUCAAACAAGAAAUUAUAGAAGUAAUAAAAUCCGAAUUCAAUCGAAGAUAAGAUCGGCAACAGUCUGGUACGAGCAGCAUUAGUAGCCGCCGAACGGUGAUCAAAAAUAUAUUUGUCGGUGAUAAAAUGAAGUAGUUGGAUGGAAUGGGUGGAAUGUAUUGGAAUCCGUUGUGGAACAAUUUGUUUUAAGUUAGCAACAUACUGCAGAUUGCAAAAAAACAACAAACAUUCUUUUAUAUAUAUAUACAUAUAUAUAUUAUCUACAAACGUUUAAAUGGAAAACGGAAUACUUACUUCCAUUAUUAUACAUCAAAGCUAAGAAAAAAAAAAUAACAAACAUUACUCAAGCUAAAUAUGUAGCUUCGGAUAUCAGCAAGAUAUGUAGCACCGCUGGUGCUAAUCUAACGGUCAUAACAACACAACAAUAUUAACAAGUAACGAAUAAACAAUGAACUGAAUACAUAUUGAAAAUUUUUAAAUAAAAAAUUUAAUGUAGUAGUAAAUAAUACAAAAAUAACAAAAAUAACAGUGAAAAUGAUAUCCCAAAAUACACACACUUACUCAAAUUGCCGGCGUUUUCAUAUUAAUUUACAUACCGAAGUAUGUAUGCAUUGUACUAGGCAUCGCGAAAAACACUUUGCGAAGCAAAAAGUACUUUAUCAAAACGCAACGCAACGCAACGCGUUUAUACAGCGCGUGGGCAUACCACGUAGUUCAUGUUAAUGUCGCUUUGUGUAGGGAAUGCAAGCAAACGUUUCAUAUUUCUAAAAAAUCUUUCGAAGUUAAACCUUCGUACUAUAAAUUUAUUAAGAAUUCGUAUUAAAUAAAAAAAUAAAUACAUACAUAUAAAAUAUUUAAGUGUAAUAUAUCGUUGCUCGCUCCAUGAAUCUACAAAUAAUAUAUACAAAAUUUGAAGAAAAAAUAUGUUCAAACUGAUCAUACGAUGUUCGCUGUAUUUAUAUUACAUCUACUAUAGACAUAGUUUUACUAUUAAAAAAAAACUUGAACAAAUAGUAUAAUUACCCACAUACAUACAUAGCUUUAGUUGAAUAUGUAUAUUAUUUGUGCUUUAUUUUGGCUAAACGGAAUACUUCGUAAGUUGUCUUUAGGUGGUAAAUCAAGCAAGUCUCUCGUACAAAAUUUGCCAAUAUGUAUGAUUUUUGUGUAUUUAACUUUAUAAACCGCCGCAUACAAAUUCUCAAAUUCUAUAGUUCCUUAUCAUAUUCGCAGCAUUUGUAAGAUAAUUUUCCAUUUUGUAGGCAAACGCGUUUUUAGUCCGGCUGCGAAGAACAAAAACUGAACACUUUGAAUCUAUAUGCUUUUUAUAUAAACACAACCAAACAUAACGAAAUGAGCGAAACGAUUGUAAUACAAUGACACCGCCAAAUUGUGUAUUCGAUUUUUUUUUAUACACACACAUACACAUAUACAUAUGUUAAGUAUUUGUUUUAAUUUCUAUUACUUAAAUGCAUUUUUAUUUCUUUUGCACGUACACACCGUUCUGUGUGAAUUAUUUAUAAUGUAUACUUAUACAUAUACAUACAUACAUACAUAGUUAUAGUGCGAUUUAAGUGCAUUCAUGCGACCAUUCAUUAAUAUUAUAUGUACUACAUAGCAAUUAUCUAAACAAUUUGUAAAGCAAAAAUAUAAAAAGAAUGAAAAACAACAAAAACUAAACAUAAAUUCGAUUAUAUACCAGAAGAGAACUGCUUUCUAAAUGUUACUAUUACUAUUAUAUAAUAUACAUACUCUGAUAAUAUUAUAUCAAACGUGAAUAAAACCAAUGAAACGAACGAAUAAAAACAUUCAUGGAUUAUAAGAGAUUAAAACUAAAAAAAAAAAA